UGGCGCGCCUCACCCUCGGCGACCCCGGAAGUGGGUCGGGGGCUUGGCCUCUGCCCGGCCUCGGAGCCGGAGCGGGAGGUGUUACCCUGGACGGGUAGAGCUGAGCGAUCCUGUCCGGCGGCGGACCCCGGGCAGGGCCCGGGCCAGGGGUCCAGGAUGCUGAACGUCCCUUCCCAGUCUUUCCCGGCCCCCAGCUCGCAGCAGCGCGUCGCCUCCGGGGGGCGUAGCAAGGUCCCUCUAAAACAGGGCAGAAGUCUUAUGGAUUGGAUUCGCCUCACCAAAAGUGGCAAGGAUCUAACGGGAUUAAGAGGCAGGUUAAUUGAAGUAACUGAAGAAGAACUUAAAAAACACAACAAAAAAGACGAUUGUUGGAUAUGCAUAAGAGGGUUUGUUUAUAAUGUCAGCCCAUAUAUGGAGUAUCAUCCUGGUGGAGAAGACGAACUAAUGAGAGCAGCAGGAUCUGAUGGCACUGACCUCUUCGAUCAGGUUCAUCGUUGGGUCAAUUACGAAUCCAUGCUGAAAGAAUGCCUGGUUGGCAGAAUGGCCAUUAAGCCCGCUGUUCCUAAAGACUGUCGUGAAGAAAAGAAAGUCUUAAAUGGCAUGCUUCCCAAGAGCCAAGUGUCAGAUACACUUGCCAAAGAAGGUCCUAGUUCUCCAAGCUAUGACUGGUUCCAGACAGACUCGUUAGUCACCAUUGUCAUAUAUACUAAACAGAAGGAUAUUAACUUAGACUCAGUAAUAGUUGAUCAUCAGGAUGAUUCCUUUAGAGCAGAAACAAUUAUCAAGGAUUAUUCAUAUAUUAUACAUAUGGGGCUAAGUCGUGAAAUUCAAGAAGAUUUUUCUGUGCGGGUUGUUGAGAAUGUGGGAAAAAUAGAGAUUGUGCUAAAGAAAAAAGAGAAUACUUCUUGGAAACGUCUUGGUCACCCCCUAGAGAAUCAUAAUUUACUUAUUCCAAAGAAAGAUACAGGUUUGUACUACAGAAAGUGCCAGUUAAUUUCCAAGGAAGGCGUUACUCAUGAUACGAAGCUUUUCUGCCUGAUGCUACCAGCAAGCACUCAUCUUCAGGUGCCAGUUGGGCAACAUGUUUACCUCAAGCUAACUAUUACAGGUACUGAAAUUGUGAAGCCAUAUACACCUGUAUCUGAUUUCUUACUCUCAGAGUUCAAGGAACCAGUUCUUCUCAACAAUAAAUACAUCUACUUUUUGAUCAAAAUCUAUCCUGCUGGACUCUUCACACCAGAGCUUGAUCAUCUUCAUAUUGGAGAUUUUGUUUCCGUAAGCAAUCCUGAGGGCAAUUUUAAAAUAUCCCAGUUCCGAGAAUUAGAAGAUCUCUUUUUAUUGGCAGCUGGAACAGGCUUCACACCAAUGGUUAAAAUACUGAAUUAUGCUUUGACUAACAUACCCGGUCUCAGGAAAGUGAAGCUGAUGUUCUUCAAUAAAACAGAGGAUGAUAUAAUUUGGAGAAGCCAGUUGGAGAAAUUAGCAUUUAAAGAUAAAAGAUUUGAUGUUGAAUUUGUUCUCUCAGCACCUACUUCUGAAUGGAAUGGCAAACGGGGAUACAUUUCACCAGCUCUUCUUUCUCAAUUUUUGAAAAGAAGUUUAGACAACUCCAGAGUCCUCAUCUGCAUUUGUGGACCAACACCAUUCACAGAACAAGGAAUAAGGUUGCUGCAUGAUCUGAACUUUUCCAAAGAUGAGAUCCAUAGUUUUACAGCAUAAUGAAGAGCUGUCAUUGUCCUUUAUUCAACUGUUUUGUCUAAAUUUGUGAUUACUUAGGAUUUUUUAAGAGCACAUUUUUGUACAUACUAAAAGGUCAGCUAGAAUCCAGGUUUCAGUUUCUUCAAUGAAAUCAACUGUUCCUUCAGUAUAGAUGAUUUGUUGACUUUAUUUUGUACCAUAACUUAUUUUACUACUGAUCUCUGACCUGGAAUCUAUCAUGGCAACAAGUCCAUACAGGAAUCUUUUGUGAUGAGUCACAAACUUCCUUACCAUUUAAAGUGUAUCACUGUUCUACAGUAAGCUCUUGUGUUUUAUGACAUGAUAAAGUAAAUGAUCAUUUUGAUCACAUUUCUAUGCCGUAAAAUGUCUUAUUAGCAAUACAGAUUAAAUUUUACAUUGCACUGUUAACUCAGGAAAUGAUCGUUUAUGUCCUUGUAUUACUAUUAAAACAUGGAAUGUUAUAACUUAUUAAGUGAUCCAUUUUGUGUGUGUGAGUGUGUGUGUGUGUGUGUGUGUGUGUGUGGCACUGAUACAGAGUAGAAUAAAAGUAUAAGUACUUUU